GACAAGCAUGGCGCCCGGCAGGUCGCACGGCACCGACGAGUACGGGCUCAAGCGGUCCUCGGGCGUGGACUACAACCAGGUGCGCGACCGGCAGAUCGACGACAACCGCUUCGAGCGGCAGCGCGCCAUCCGAGCGGCGUCUGCAGCGCCACCACCGGUGGAGAAGCCCAAAAAUGCGGCAGGUAAAGUGGCCGCCCCGCAGUCCGCGACCAUGGACGCCUUCAUGCGCAUGGUGACGGGCAAGGAGGAGCGCACCAUCGCCGACCGCAUCAGCGACCCGAACCGACCUACGUGGGAGCAGUACAAGAAGGAGAACGCAGACAAACUGGACCUCAACGACAACGGAGAGAAGGAGAUGAAGGAGUAUCGGAAGAAGUUGGAUGCUGCCAGGGAGAAGCGACUGGCGGGUGGUAGCAGCUCUAAGAAGAGGAAGAAAAAGCAUAAGAAGCGCUCCCGCUCUUCGUCGUCAGAAGAUUCGAACAGCGAGGACGAGCGUCGACGCUCCAGACACAAGAGCCGCAAGAAGAGGAAGAGUCACAAGCGCAGAAGGAGGUCCUCAGACUCGGACGACAGCGAUUCGGACUCGGACGACGACCGCUCUCGACGACACAAGCGCUCCAAGAAGAGCAAGAAGUCGUCUCGCAGGAAAGACCGGGACGCGUCACCCUCGCCCUUCAAUCGACGACACCUUGCUUGCUCGCUCGCUCGAGUAACGGGCCCUGUCAGGCGGUCCCCACACUGCGCGAUGGCCGCCAUCGAGGACAGGAAGAAGUUCAUGCAGCUGCUGCGAGAGGGCGUGCAGCACAAGGUCCAGCAGCAGCACCAGGCGCAGAGCAAACCGGUCUCAGAUUCCGCUGGUAAAGGCCCAAAAGAUCUUCAAGCGGGCGGGGAGGUGCGGCGCGCUACGCUGCCAGAGCGCUGUGACCAUGGCAACGAGACUGCGGGCGUGGCGGCUUGGCAGACGCUGGCGUGGCGCGACGCCUACUCCAUGGCGUCGUAUUUCCAGGCCACCGUGGGCGGCCGGCCGCUGCGCAUCAAGCAGGUGCUGCAGGGGGAGCUCAACGGGUUCGGCACGGGCCUCACGGUGUGGCCUGCGGCCUGUGUGCUCUUGAAGCAUCUGGAGCAACGAGCAGCUCGCGAUCCAAGAGCGCUGGUAGACUCGGACAACCCGUUCGUGCUGGAGCUUGGGAGCGGCACGGGCGCGGUGGGCAUUGCCGCCGCGAUGCUGCUUCGAGCUGGGAGAGUGGUGCUGACCGACAUGGGCAACGUCCGCUUCAUUAUGCGGGAGAACGCCGAGCUGGCGCAGCAGGACGGCGUCAUCGACAACCACAUGGUGGUGGAUGUCGAGGAGUACGAGUGGGGGCAGCCUCCUUCGGCGAGCCUCAUCCCGUCGCCCGAGGAGUCCUACCCAGACCUCAUCUUGGUGUCGGACUGCAUUCUACCUCGGCUGUACCCGAUCGAGCCGCUCGUGGAGGCUCUGGUCACGCUCAGUGGGCCUCGCACCCGCAUCCUCAUUUCGUAUGAGCAUCGCCACUACCAGCAUUUUCAGCCCAAGGACAGAUUCUGGCAGCUCAUGCAGGCGCGGAAGUUCUCUCUGCGGGUGAUCGACACGGCGGAAUACCAUCCCCACUACGUAGCAGCAGACAUCGAGGUGUGGGAGAUCACUCCACAACUCGUAUAA